AUGUUGCUGCUGCUGCUGUUACUGUCAUCCUUGAGGGGGUCCCAGUCCCAAAAAGAAGGGUACAAAUUGCAGGUGUCACAAGCAGUUGCAGUUCAGGAAGGACUGUGUGUCUAUAUCCCCUGCACCUUUUUCUACCCUCUUCAUCAGUUGGUUCCUCCUCCCAUUCAUGGCUACUGGUUCAAGUUUGGCCCCAAACUUUCUGAAGAUGAUCCUAUGGCUACAAAUGAUCAAACAAGAAAUGUGAAUGAGGAGGCUAAGGGAAGAUUCCACCUUGUUGGGGACCCUGGGAAGGACAACUGCUCCCUCAGCAUUGUGGAUGUCCAGAGGAGGGACAGUGGGCAAUACUUCUUCCGUAUGAAGAGAGGACCAACGGAGAAAUUCAGUUACCUAAGUUAUAAAGUCCGUCUGAAUGUGGAAGUUUUGACAGAGAAGCCAGACAUCUAUAUCCCAGAGAUCCUGGAACCGGAGCGCUCUGUGACACUGAUUUGUGCAGCCCCCUGGGUUUGUGGAAAGGCAACACUCCCCAUCUUUUCCUGGGCAGGGGCUGCUCUCUCCAAUCUGAGACCAAGCCAAGGGAACCCUUAUUUCUCUGAGCUGACCUUCACUCCAAGAUCCCAGGACCAUGGCACCAACCUUACCUGUCAAGUGAUCUUCCCUGGGGCUGGAGUAAAGACAGAGACAACCAUCCCACUCAAUGUGGCCUAUUCCCUAAAGAAUUUUGGAAUCAGUGCUGCCUGGGAAAAAAGAACAGGCUUGGAGUCCUUAUCAGACAUCUCAUCCCUUUCUAUCCCGAAGAACAAGUCCCUGCGAUUGUUCUGCCAAGCAGAUAGCAAUCCUCCUGCUCUGCUGAGCUGGGUCCAUGGGGGUCAGGUGGUGCUUUCCUCCUGGCCUUCAGGUGCCGGGGUCCUGGCCCUGGAGUUGCCCCGGCUGGGGGUAGAGGAUGGAGGGGAAUACAGCUGCCAAGCUCAGCACCGGAUGGAGACCCAGCAUGCCUCCUUGAACCUUUCUGUCCUAUAUGCCCCGGAGGACCUGAAGGUCAGCGUUUUGGGACCAAAUGGAACAGUUACUAUCCUGGGAAAUGCCUCAUCUCUGGUGAUCCUGGUGGGAGAGUCCUUGCAUCUGGAGUGUGCUGCUGAUAGCAGGCCCCCUGCCAACAUGACCUGGGCCAAGGGAAGUCAACCCCUGAGCUCCUCCCUUCUCUCUAGUCCUGGGGUUGUGGGCUUGAAAUUGUCCCAUGUCAAGCCAGAGGAUGGAGGGAAGUACACUUGCCAAGCUCAGAACCCAUGGGGGACCCAGCAAACCUCCCUGAACCUCUCUGUGCAGUACCCUCCGAAGUUGUACAACCCCUUUUGCUCUCGGACUGAUGAGGGCUUAUUCUGUACCUGUUGUAUUCAGGCAAAGCCCACCUCCUCUUUGAACUGGCGGGUGGGGGAGAGUAUAGUAGAAGGGGAUAGCAACAACGACACCCUCCAGGUGAUGACCAUCACCUCUGGAGCCUGGACCAACAGCAGCCUGAUCCUGAAGGAGAAAGUGGGCUUUGACCUCAACCUCCACUGUGAGGGAAGGAACCAACAUGGGGCUCACAGUCUCAUGAUCCUGCUGGUGUCAGAUGGAUCAGGAGCAGCUGCCCUCACAUUCUCCAAAGGGGCAUUUCUGGGAGCUGGUAUCAUGGCCCUUCUCUUUGUCUGCCUCAAGUAUGCCUUGAAGAAGCUGCAGAGGAAGAAGCAGGAAGACAUGAGGGAUCUAGGGACUACUGACUCCCAGAGCAACGGGGAAGUGGAUUAUGAGAAUCUGGAUAUGAAUUGGAGUAGAGGCACUAGACUACCUUCACCUGACCCAGUCACCCAAGCCCCUCCAGAGGAGUUGCACUAUGCAUCACUUAACUUCAAAAGAUUGAAGCCCCAAGACAACCAGGAGAAUCAAGAGGAAAACAUUAAAUAGUCAGAGAUCGAGUUCUAAUCAGGGGCCAUCUGGGGCAAAUGAGGUGGGA